CUCGGAAAAUAAAAGAUCUGAAUGAUAAGUUAACUGAGAUUUAUGAGGAAAGAAAAAAGUACCAGUUUCUACGCAAAUAAUUAGACAUUCAACAACUUCAACAACCUCAACGACCUCAAACUGCAUCUUAUGUCAAUAUGUCUGAGAUAUUUGGUCGUGAAAAGGAACAGAGUAUUUUGAUAACAAAAUUGUUGGGUGAUAGUAGUGAAGAAGAAAAGGGCCUCCUUAUCAUCCCUAUUGUAGGGAUGGGAGGCAUAGGAAAGACAACUCUGACCCAAUUAGCCUAUAAUGAUGAAAAUGUUAAAGCCCAUUUUGAGAUCAGAAAAUGGGUUUGUGUGUCAGAACCUUUUGAUGAGAUUCAGAUUGCCAAAGAUAUUAUUGGCGAUUGCGCCACGAGUUCAAAUCAGCUGGAUUAUGUCUUGAAAUGUAUGUCCGAAUCCAUCCAGGGCAAAAGGUUUCUUCUUGUCCUGGAUGACGUGUGGACUGAAAACCGUCAAAAGUGGGAGCUUUUAAAAGUACCACUAAUGCAAAGCGGUGCUAAAGGCAGCAUAAUAUUGGUCACCACAAGAAAACUAGAGGUUGCUAAUAUGAUGAGAGCAACACCAAAUGUGAUCAAUCUGGAAGGGUUGAGUGAUAAAUAUUGUUUGGCAAUCUUCAAUCAUAUGGCCUUUUCUGAUGGGGAUGUAGAUGAGGCAUUUGGAGAUAUAAGUGAGAAAAUUGUAAGGAAGUGUAAAGGUUUGCCUCUUGCUGCAAAGACUUUAGGUAGUCUCAUGCAGAAUAAGAGAAGAAUGAGAGAAUGGAAUGAUGUUUUGAAUAGUAAGAUAUGGGAUCUCGAGAAGGUCGAGCAAGAAGUUUUCCAACAUCUUUUCCUAAGUUAUUAUGAUUUGGCCCCAACAAUUAAAUGUUGCCUUUUAUAUUGUGCUACUUUUCCUAAAGAUUACGUGUUUGACCGAGAUGAUUUGAUUAAGCUUUGGAUGGCACAAGACUAUGUUAUUUCGAAAGGGCAUAAAGAAAAGAGAACAACCGGUGAUGCAGUUUUUGACAACUUAGUGGCACGGUCUUUUUUUCAAGAUUUUGAGAAAGAUUUUGACACUGGUACAAUUACACGUUGCAAAAUGCAUGAUAUUGUGCACGACUUUGUUCAAUUUCUCACCAAGAAUGAGUGUUUGCUUAUGGAUCACGCUGAGGGUGCUAUUAGAGAAUCAAAUGGCAUUAAAUUUGAGUGGUAA